AUGCAACAAUACAGAAUUUUACUGUUCAUAAUUAUAUUUAUCACUGGUUCAUCGGAGAUAUGUGGGCAACAAUAUGAGUGGUUUGGCGACUAUCAAUGGUCCGAUGAUGAAUGUAAUCAAACACAAUGUUGUUGUCUGCAUGGAACAUUAUCUGUCAUUGGUAAUGAUACAUCAAUUGGAUUUAUUUCAAAUUUGAGUGGUCGAGAUUGUGAAAAGGAAACUUUCAAUUUAUGGGCGCCAUAUUCGAGAGAUGUUACUCAAGUUUUAGGAAGAUUAUAUGGAUCAAUACUGAUAUCUUUAACCAUCAGUGAAAAUAGUAACAUAAUUACAUUAACCAGAUUGGAUACAUCGGAUUGUAAUUUAAAAGCUAAAAAAGCUUCUUAG